UGGGAUAUGGCUGCAAAGGGACCUGCUUCUUGAGCAGAGACAGUUAGGGUCCAGUUCCUGGUACAAAACACACUGAAUGUUUGGUGAGAGCUACUGGAAAACCAAGUUGCUGCUUGAGCUGCGGUGUUGGUGUAGUAUAGCGAGAGAAAUACUGUGUUUGUCUUCAGGCUUCCUAUUGCUUCAAAGACACUGAUCAUUGAAGAGAAAUCAUGUGGAGUAUCAAUGGUUAAAAGCUGUAGAGUUUAAUUUAUUAGGGAAAAGAAAGUAAGGAUUAAAUACACAUAGCUGGCCUAGGCAGUAACUACGGAUGUUCAUCAGUCAACAAGUAUAAGAGGUGCAGCUCUGGAGGCUUGCUGGGACCUGGGCACGUCGGGAAGGAGCCUGCUACAGCAUGCUGGUGCCCUCUGACGACGUAACUAUUAAUUACAAGCAUGGUCUUCCCAUGAUAACUCUGACAUUGCCUACAAGAAAAGAACGCUGCCAGUUUGCUGUUAAACCAGUGGUAGCCACAGUGGGAGCAUUUCUGCAGGAUGUACAGAGAGAAGAUAAAGGAAUUGUGAAAGCAGAAGUCUUUGCAAUAGAUGGUAGCAAGGUCUCUGAUGCAACCUUGAUGGAGGUCUUACUGAUGAAUGACUUUAAGCUUGUUAUCAACAACACAACGUACAGUGUGUCAACUCCUGUAAAAGAUAAGCUGAGUAGUGAGCAUGCUACUGAAAUGGAAGAUAUCAAAUCCUUGGUUCACAGGCUGUUUGUGGCUCUGCAUUUAGAAGAUCACCAGAUCAAAAAAGAGAGAGAACUGCUACAGAAACUGGACCACCUGAAAGAACAGUUGAUGCCUCUUGAACAGAUGAAAGCCAGAAUUAUGGACAGUGCUGAUGCAAAGACCUCCAGACUUCUAUGGGUUGGUUUAGCUUUGAUGUCAAUGCAAGGUGGAGCAUUGGCAUGGCUCACAUGGUGGGUCUAUUCGUGGGACAUCAUGGAGCCGGUCACAUACUUCAUCACCUAUGGGAGUGCCAUGGCUUUCUAUGCCUACUUUGUUCUUACUAAACAGGACUACAUUUACCCUGAUGCUAAAGACAGGCAGCUCCUCCACUACUUCUACCGGAAAUCCAAAGCCCAGCAUUUUAAUGUGGAACAAUACAACAAGCUAAAAGAAGAACUUGCAGAGGCAGAAGAAUCUCUGAAGCGUUUGCGCCAGGCUCUGCACCUCAGACUUCCAAUCCAGGAAAUUACUAACAAGGACUGACUUUGUUUUGGUGUAUGUUAGAAUUGCCUUUUCAAAGUUGAUAGGAACAUUUAUUUACUAUACAGAAACUGGAUAUUUUUGACCACUAUAAUUUUGCAAGUUACAAUAAAUAUUUAUAAAAAUGA